GCACCUUCAAAUUGCGUGGGAGGGCUCAAUAAUGGCUGUUUCUUUUGCUGCUCCUGUUGCUGUUCUAACAAUACUCGGCCAAAUUUGCUUUUCUGGUGCAAGUAUCUUCACUAUUGUACCAGUGACACAAUAUGCUUAUAUCAAUGACACUGUGACAUUUGAAUGUGCUAGAUCUAACAGAUUGACUCAAAUUGAUCUAGUUUUUGUGACUUAUCCACCAGUUAUAGGUUUAGUAUCAUUAUUAUCAUUACUAAAUGGUAAAAAAGUGAUGUUACUCAAACUAACAGCAACAAGUGAAAUAAAUGGUACAAGUGUAAUCUGCACUACCCAACGACUCAUUGGAGCACCAAUUGCCACUCCACCAGCAUAUUUAUAUGUACAAGGUCCACCUGAUAGUGUCGGUAAUUUAACAGGAUAUCAGUUAGAUUCUUGUUGUAUGUUUAUCAGUUGGUAUCCUCCAUUCACACUACCAGGACUAACAGUACAGUAUAUAAUCAGUGUAGGAACUGAUCAACAGUACCUUAAUGACUCUAUCACUAACUACACUUACUGUCCAAUAAACCCAACCAAUAAACAAUAUCUGUUUAACAUUACAACUACUAAUAAAGCUGGGAAUGGAUCUACUAGUAACAUAACUGUUGGAUUUCAAUCAACAAUAGAUGUGCAGUUAUAUGUAACUGAUAAGGAAAAAGGGAAAGUAAAUUGGACUUUUCGUUUCAAUGUAUCUGUUCAUCAGUUUUGCAAUAAUGCGUCACUAAUAAACAUUACUUUGAAAGGAUGUACUAAGGAUAACUGUUAUUCAACAACAAAUGUAUCCAUAAGCAAUAGUUCUUAUAAUAAUAUUAUUUCACUUGCUGUUCAAUUUCCAUCAAAUAAGACACUGAAUACUAAUGCUACCUUGUACUAUCAAAAUGGAGUUACAGUUCAAAGCAACACUAUAAUAAUCAGUACUCAUGAUCUUCAGAAAUUUACAUUGAUUAAUAUCACAUCAAAUUCUGUUUGUCUUCAGUUUCAGUAUAUCAAUGGCAGUACACCUAAUAGUGAUGUUAUUCUUUUCACUGAUAAUAUGAACUAUACUGAGUCUUACCUCAUAUCUCCUGAUAAUCAAUUCACCUUUAUUCAGUGUAUUGAUGACAUACCAGCUGGUAAUAACUUAAGAUUGUAUGCAUGUGAGUUAGCUACCAUAAAGAACUGUGAAUCUAAUCCUCUUGCUGUAAUAACUGAUAUUAAUAUUACUGAUGACUUUACAUCUUCAGUUCUAAUGUCAUCAGUUCAUUCAUCAUUAGUAUCACUCACAUCAACAGUAUUGACUACUCCAUCAAUGAUGUCUGUACCAUUGAUAAUGUCUGCUUCACCAAUACCCACUACUUCACCAGUAUCAACUACUUUAACUUUAACAAUUGCAACUAAUUCAAUAAUUCUAGCUACUUCAUCAUCUAUUGCAACCACUUCAUCAAUGACGUCUUUACUAACAAGAAUGCCUACUUUAUCUGUACCAAUCUCAUUAAUAAUGUCUGAAUUUGAAACAUUUCCUUCAUCAGUGCUGGUUGCUUCAUUGAUACCAACUGCUUCAUCAGUACCAGCUAGUUCCUCAGCAUCAACUAUUUCUCUGGUAUCAACUACCGGUACUUCAAUAGUACCUGCUUCAAGUAGCUCUAUCAUAAAUGAUACUAUAGAUACUCCAGCUAGUUCCUCAGCAUCAACUAUUUCUCUGGUAUCAACUACUUCAAUAGUACCUGCUUCAAGUACCUUCAUCAUAAGCAGUACUACAGAUACUCCUAUAAUAAGUGCCUCUACUAUUAUUCCUACCUCUAGAUUAACUAGUACAUUAGUGACAGGUAUUUCAACUACUUCAUCCAUUACUUUAUUGUUCCUAACUUCUUCAUCUUCAUCCAUACAUUCUUCAUUUUUAAGUUUGUCAUCAGUAUCUUCUUUAUCCAAUACUUCAUCUCAAACUUCUUCAUUCAUAACUUCUUCAUCCCCAGAUCUUUCAUUCAUAGCUCCUUCAUUCACAUCUUCUUCACCAUCAAUUAUUGAAUUGGGUUCUGGGAUAUCAAUUUCACUACUAAUUAUAAUAAUUGUUGUUAUAGUAAUUGUAGUGGUAGCAGCAACAGUUCGAUUUAAAAAGAGAAGAGGAAGAAUAGAAGUGAUUAAUAACAUUAAAGAAAAAUGAAAAUAUUAAUGUUCACAAAAGCAAGAACUAUCAUCAGUUAAUCUACAGUAUGAGAUUGUAUAUCUACCAGUUCCACAAUCAAUGGAAGAAUGUGCCGCUUAUGGUGUAGUUGAAGGAACUAGAUUGUAAUUACGUAUACCAGACUAUAUAACCUUGAAAAUACUUAUAAUAAUUAUUUAAAAUAA